GGGACCACAACAGCCAUGGCGUCGUCUGCUCCUCAAAGGCUCUCUGUCAUCAACAGACACCUGAGUGGCCGCAGGAGGCGGGAGGAGGCCGCAGGCGAGGCCGCACCCUCCACAGGGCGUGAGGGUGGGGCUGGAGAGGGGCGGCAAGGGGUGGUGUGGGCGGCGGCAGGGGCGGCGGCGGGGCGGGGCCAAGACCAGACCCCAGGCAAGCCUGUGGAGCCUCGGAACACAGUCCCCAGGAGGAGGCAAGAAUUGCUAAAAUGGAAUGGGUGGGGAUACAAGGACUCUAAGUUCAUGGUGCACAAGGAGAAGGACUACUAUGUGGCGUUUACGGGAGACAGGUACAAAAUUGGCAACCUGGUUUUACCUCACUUUGCCGACUGGGUGAAAGCGACGUUAGGGGUCAACUUUGAUGACUACACCCCACCACAACCUCUACCUCGACCCCAAGACUUUCCCCAACCUACUAUACAGCAAGAGUUCCUGGAUGAAAUACAGACAGAGGGGAUCACCCAUAGCAUAGAUGGAGAAGAUCGUCUGUUCCGCGCUCAUGGUCAUACACUGGCAGAGAUAUUUACUCUUAGAGAAGGAAUGUUUCCAAGAAUUCCAGAUCUAGUCGUAUGGCCAAAAAACCAUAGUGAGGUGGAGAAACUUGUUGACUUGGCCGGUAGAUGCCAGGUGGCUCUAAUUCCAUUUGGUGGAGGGACGAGCGUUUCCGGAGCUUUGUUAUGUCCAGAGGAGGAGAGCAGGAUGAUUGUGUCCCUCGAUACCUCGCAGAUGUGUCGUAUAUUAUGGUUAGAUGAGAAGAACCUAACGGCAAGGAUAGAAGCAGGGAUUAUCGGGCAAGAUCUUGAGAGACAACUUCAAGCCCGAGGCUACACUACUGGCCAUGAACCUGAUUCCUAUGAAUUUUCUAGUCUCGGUGGAUGGGUUGCAACAAGAGCAUCAGGAAUGAAGAAAAAUAUUUAUGGAAAUAUUGAAGACCUUUUAGUUCAGUUAAAAGUGGUUACACCCAAGGGCACUGUAGAGCGUUACACAGCUGGACCCAGAGUGUCGGCUGGCCCAGAUGUCCACCACUUCAUUCUUGGAUCUGAAGGUAUACUGGGCGUGGUGACGGAGGUGACCAUGAAGGUGCGACCUUUACCUCUUGUCCAGCACUAUGGCUCCAUUGCGUUUCCAGAUUUUACAAGUGGUGUGAGUUGUAUGCGUGAAGUUGCUCUACAACGCUGCCAGCCAGCCUCCAUACGCUUGAUGGAUAAUGAACAGUUCAAAUUUGGUCAUGCUCUAAAGCCUCCAACAGGCUUGAUGGGCUUGCUCAGUGAUGGCAUAAAGAAAAUGUAUAUUACACGUAUUCGAGGUUUCAACUUGGACACAAUGUGCGUGGCAACUCUUCUCUUUGAAGGUUGUGAGCAAGAGGUGGCUACACAGGAGAAGCGGAUAUAUGACAUAGCACUGAACAAUGGGGGCAUCCCUGCAGGGGAAGCAAAUGGUGAAAGAGGCUAUAUGUUGACUUUUGUUAUAGCCUACAUAAGGGAUUUGGGAUUUGACUAUGGUGUAGUUGCCGAGUCUUUUGAAACGUCUGUACCCUGGGAUCGUGUGUAUACCCUCUGUCACAAUGUGAAGCAUCGCAUCAAGUCUGAAUGUAAAGAGAGGGGUAUCAAACACACGUUUGUUACGUGCCGAGUAACUCAAACGUAUGAUGCCGGUGCCUGUGUGUAUUUCUACUUUGCCUUCAACUAUCGAGGCCUCUCGGAUCCUGUUCAUGUAUAUGAAGAGAUUGAGGGUAACGCUCGUAACGAGAUCCUGGGGUGUGGCGGGAGCAUCUCCCACCAUCAUGGCGUUGGGAAGAUAAGACGCGAGUGGAUGAGUCGAACCUUCUCGGAGCCGAGCAUAGGUGCAGUCAGAGCUAUUAAGGAGUAUUUUGAUCCUGAAAACAUUUUUGCUAGUGGCAAUUUGUUGUAAAGAUCAUUUGGUUGUACAGUUUGGCUGGACCUGAAUUGUUCAUCUUGUUGGUUUGUUACAGAUGUUAAUGUGCAUUCUAGUGGAAGAAAGAUGUUGGUGUCAUCAUAGUUAUAUAAUGUACACCAGUAUCAAAUUAACUUUACAAAAUUAUACCAAUUUUUAUCAGUUUAAUAUCAGGAUUAAAUUUUUUAUAAAUGUGGUAUUGAAAAUUUUAGAAUAUUAAUCCAUAUGGUUAUAAAUAAACAUAUAUAUAUGAAUAUAAAAUUUCAUUGCUUUAUUUGAAAGAAAACAAAUAUGUAUGAAUCUUUUUAACAAAUGGUUCUAUUAUAUACUGAACUAGCAAUGUUAUGGGUUAUGCAGACGACGAGUCACAAUAAUGUGGCUGAAGAUAUGAUAACUAAAGAACACAUCAGAAGACAGAGAAACAACGACAUUUCAGUCCUUCCUGGACCAUUCAUUGUCAUGUCUUGUGAUCACGACUUGAUAAUGGGUCCAGGAUGGACCGAAACGCUGUCGUUUCUCCAUCUUGUGUUGUGUGGUUUGGUACUCUCGUCGUAGGUUAUGCUAUAGAUGUACAGUAUGUUAUUAUAUUAAUGAAAGCAGGUUUUUUUUUUCAAUUCCAUUUAUUUUCUGUCCCCCUCUUAUUUCCUAUUAAUUAGUUUUUUACAGGAAUUAGUUAUUGACUUUAGUUGCAAAUGAAAAUGGUGAAUUUACCUGGUGAAGUCGGGUGGUUACCUUGAAGUGCUUCCGGGGCUUAUCGUCCCUGUGGCCCGGUAGUCGACCAGGCCUCCUGAUUGCUGGACUGAUCAACCAGGCUGGUGGACGCGGCUGCUCGCAGCCUGACGUAUGAGUCACAGCCCGGUUGAUCAGGUAUCCUUUGGAGCUGCUUAUCCAGUUCUCUCUUGAACUGUAAUUAUGUACUGGUACUGUACAGAAUGUUAAGCCAACCCAACUCAACCCACCCCGCUUCACAUCUCAUCUAUGUGAAGUUUAGCACAUGCAAGGAAACUAUGGCGUUUCUUAAUUAACUUUAAAUUGCUACCGAUAUUGUAGGCAUCCAUGAAUGUCUUGAUAAUACAACUGCUUAGAAAUGUUUUGUCAUAAGACAUGAAACUUUUUAGUGGUUUCUUAAACCAGAUUUGCUGCACUGGAAGUGGCACGAGUGUAUGCUGAAGAUGACACCCACAGUUAGGUAUGAUAUCAUUUUAUGCGGUGUACAGUAGCACUAAAGAAGACUUAUUUAUUACAACAAUUUGGAAUAAGCAAUUGGUUUUUCUUGUAAGAGUUGAAAUUUGUAUGCGUGA